ACGCUCCCGUCGAGGCAUUGCAUAUGCCGGAGCACACAAAAACGCUUGCAGAAGUUGCGAGUCUGAAGAGGCAAAGCGGUGUGGUUCAGUUGGCACCGGUGACACUGGCGACAGCGAACUUUUAACUGGCAGAUCAGUGGCCCGCGUCUUAUCGCUGAUAUGAGUGCACCGAGCAGAAGUCAAUAAAAGAAGAGAGCGGUGAACACGCAGUCAGAGACAGACCGAGAGAGAGAUAGUCAGAGGCUGGACAGGGGGCAUCGGACGGGCUGACUGACAAGCUCUACUCACUAGAGAUUUACACCCUCCACACCCCCGGCGUCCAUACUUGGAAAAGGGGCAACAUGAGCAACUACCAGAAGGGCAAGAUGGAAGAUGAGGCAGUGCUAGACAGGGGUGCCUCCUUCCUAAAGCACGUCUGUGAUGAAGAAGAGGUUGAAGGGCAUCACACCAUUUAUAUUGGGGUGCAUGUUCCAAAGAGUUACCGACGGAGAAGACGCCACAAGAGGAGAACAGGACACAAGGACAAAAAAGAAAAAGAGAAAGUAACAGAAAACACUUCUGACAAGUCAGAUGUGGAAAACAACGACGAGGCUGGCAACAGUAUUCUCAAACCUCUCAUCUCACCAGCAGCUGAGAGGAUUCGUUUCAUUUUGGGAGAGGAAGAUGACAGCCCAUCCCCUCCUCAGCUCUUCACAGAACUGGACGAACUUCUUGCUGUUGAUGGGCAGGAUAUGGAAUGGAGGGAGACAGCAAGGUGGAUUAAGUUUGAAGAAAAGGUGGAAGAUGGAGGUGAAAGAUGGAGUAAGCCUCACGUGGCCACACUUUCUCUACAUAGCUUAUUUGAACUUCGAACCUGCAUAGAGAAAGGCACCAUCAUGCUUGAUUUGGAGGCCUCAACUCUUCCUCAGAUUGUUGAGCUCAUUACUGACAGCCAGAUUGAGAAUGGUCAAUUGAAAGCUGACCUCAAAGAUAAAGUGAUGUACACUUUGCUACGUAAACAUCGCCACCAGACCAAGAAAUCCAAUCUGCGGUCGCUGGCAGACAUUGGGAAGACUGUCUCCAGUGCAAGUAGGCUGUUUACCAACCCAGAAAAUGCACGUAGUCCUCUUGAAAACUCUGUGCCUUGCCUAACAGUCCGCACUUCAGAUGAGGAUAUUCAUGUACAGAAGAGUCCAAGCAUGGGAUGGCUUAGUAGCCCAACUACAACUCAUCGAAACCUGACAUCGACCAGUUUGAAUGACAUUUCUGAUAAACCAGAAAAAGACCAGCUAAAGAACAAAUUCAUGAAGAAACUCCCUAGAGAUGCAGAAGCCUCUAAUGUUCUUGUAGGAGAAGUGGAUUUUCUAGAGAGUCCCUUUGUGGCUUUUGUUCGUCUCCAGCAGGCAGUCAUGCUGGGAGCACUGACUGAGGUUCCUGUACCUACCAGGUUUCUCUUUAUUCUGCUUGGACCUAAAGGAAAAGCCAAAUCAUACCAUGAAAUAGGGCGUGCAAUUGCUACUCUUAUGUCUGAUGAGGUGUUUCACGAUAUUGCAUACAAAGCAAAGGACAGGCAGGACCUGUUGGCUGGAAUAGAUGAGUUUCUUGAUGAGGUGAUUGUUCUGCCACCUGGUGAAUGGGACCCAGCCAUUAGAAUAGAACCCCCAAAAUCUCUUCCAUCAUCUGACAAAAGAAAAAAUAUGUAUGCUGGUGGGGACAACAUACAAAUGAAUGGAGAUACACCCUAUGAUGGUGGGCACGGAGGUGGAGGUCAUCAUGUUAGUGAGGAGCUAAUAAGAACAGGGAGAUUUUGUGGAGGCUUAAUACUAGAUAUCAAGAGAAAAAUUCCAUAUUUUGCCAGUGACUUUUAUGAUGCACUGAAUAUCCAGUCACUGUCAGCAAUACUUUUCAUCUACUUAGCAACAGUUACCAAUGCCAUCACUUUUGGGGGUCUUUUAGGAGAUGCCACGGAAAAUAUGCAGGGUGUUUUGGAGAGCUUCCUGGGUACAGCAGUUUCUGGAGCAGUCUUUUGUCUUUUUGCUGGUCAGCCCCUAACUAUUCUCAGCAGCACUGGUCCUGUACUAGUAUUUGAAAGGUUACUGUUUACUUUCAGUAGAGAAAAUGGAUUUGACUACCUUGAAUUUCGGCUGUGGAUUGGGCUCUGGUCAGCCUUCCUUUGCUUUGUCUUGGUUGCUACAGACGCCAGUUUCCUUGUACAGUACUUCACCCGAUUCACAGAAGAAGGCUUUUCUUCACUUAUCAGUUUUAUCUUCAUAUAUGAUGCCUUUAAGAAGAUGAUCAAGCUGGCACACUAUUAUCCUAUUAAUUCAGAAUACAAAGUGGACUACAUAACACAAUAUGGCUGCUCCUGCAUGCCACCUCUAUCAGAUAAUACAUCUGGGCUUUUCGGUGAGACCAUGGAUUUAUCUGUUUCUUGGCUUAACAACAGCUUUGAUUUGCCCUUUAAUGCAACUUGGUCUUCUUUAUCAAAGAAGGAAUGCUUGAAAUAUGGAGGUCAUCUACAGGGAACCUCCUGCACUUAUGUUCCAGAUAUAACCCUGAUGUCCUUUAUUCUCUUCUUUGGUACUUACGCAUGUUCCAUGGGCCUAAAGAAGUUCAAAACCAGUCCAUUUUUCCCUACUACUGUCAGAAAACUCAUCAGUGAUUUUGCUAUUAUCUUAUCCAUCCUGAUAUUCUGUGGUGUGGAUGCUUUGGUUGGAGUGGAUACACCAAAGCUUAUUGUGCCAAGUGAAUUCAAGCCAACAAGUCCCAACAGAGGAUGGUUUGUGCCUCCAUUUGGAGGAAAUCCCUGGUGGGUAUAUUUGGCAGCUGCUCUUCCUGCACUGCUUGUUACCAUUCUCAUCUUUAUGGACCAACAGAUUACUGCUGUCAUUGUCAACAGGAAGGAACACAAGCUCAAGAAAGGUGCUGGCUACCAUUUGGAUUUGUUUUGGGUGGCUGUUCUUAUGGUUGUGUGUUCCUUCAUGGCUUUGCCGUGGUACGUUGCUGCUACUGUCAUCUCUAUUGCACAUAUUGACAGCUUGAAAAUGGAAACCGAGACAUCUGCACCAGGGGAGCAACCUAAGUUUUUAGGUGUACGGGAGCAAAGGGUCACUGGAGUUACUGUGUUCAUUCUGACUGGUGUAUCUGUUUUCAUGGCUCCAAUCCUAAAGUAUAUUCCUAUGCCUGUUCUUUAUGGAGUUUUCCUGUACAUGGGCGUUGCUUCUUUAAAUGGAGUGCAGUUCAUGGAUCGUCUGCAGCUGCUUUUAAUGCCAGCUAAACAUCAACCAGAUUUCAUCUAUUUGCGUCAUGUACCUCUCCGGCGAGUCCAUUUAUUCACCUUUAUUCAGGUCCUUUGCCUGGCUUUGCUGUGGAUCCUCAAGUCAACUGUGGCUGCUAUUAUUUUCCCAGUAAUGAUCCUAGCAUUGGUGGCUGUACGGAAAGCUAUGGAUUAUCUUUUCUCCCAGCAUGACCUUAGUUUCUUGGAUGACGUUAUUCCAGAAAAAGACAAAAAGAAAAAGGAAGAUGAGAAGAAGAAAAAGAAGAAGAAAGGGAGCAUAGACAGCGACAUUGAUGAUUCUGAUUAUCAAUACCCAGAAAAUGUUCCCAGCAUUAAAAUCCCCAUGGACAUCAUGGAACAGGAGCCCUUCAUAAGUGAUAACAAACCUGCAGACAGAGAAAAGUCACCAGAUUUCCUUGAACGAUACACAUCAUGUUGAUCAAGUUCAUUUUGCAAAUUCAGCAUCUAUGCCAAGCCCUCCAAGAAUUCCAGCAAAAUCUGUGCCUCAGAUUAGAAUAGAAAUUGACCCAGAUGAGAAAGGUUUCUCGUGGAGCAGCCGAGGGUCCGAGACUUUCCUGUAAGAAGCACAAUCACCAUACCUGCUCUCUUUUCCUGGUCUUAAAGAAGAGUUUGUUUUUCAUUUUCAUUCUCUAUGCGAUCAAAACAGAUUGGAGAUACGUGGAAGGAUCAGGCUAGUUUUCAGCCAGUUAAAACUCUCAAAUUUGCCACAGAGCUGCUUAUAUAAAACAGAGCACACCGACCAGCUGGAUAAUGAUUAUCCACAAACAAACACACAUUUCGAUUUUUUGCACUCUGGAUUCCAUGCUACUGUACUUUUUUUUUUUUCAUUUAACCUUGAUUAUGAAACAUUUUGUGUUCCAACACGCAACUGAAACACUGCCAAGAUUAACCUUUGCUUCCUCUUCUAUGCAAAGAUGCAUAACCUGACUUCACUGGAAUUAAUAAAUGAGAAUAACAAACACCAAGUGUGGCGAGCUUGCACAGGCCAAUCGGACUUCUCUCUCGCCUCGCACUUUCUUAUUUUCUGUGUUUUCUUCUGUGUUGGCCCAUUUUACUUUGAGGCUGUUUCUUCAGACGAAUGGCAAAGAAUUUUGAGGCCUAACUUUUGUGUCUUUUUUUAAACCUUUUUGUAAAUUAAUGAUCAUAAUAAUAAUCACAAUAAUAAUUAUAAUAAACUAUUUUCCUGUAGCAGGAAAUUAUCUGAUCUAUUUAGUAGUUCUACCUCUUAUUAUAGGCGACAAUUACAAAAUGAAAGGGUGUGAAAUACUUUUGUUAAGGAAAAGGCACAUGACUUAACAGAGUGUUACUCAUUCACUUUCUGCUUUGUUUAUAGUUCCUUUUGGAGCAUAUUAUUCUCAAAGAUAUAAUGUAUUAUGUGAAAGGCAAUAUUUUUAAUACAGAAAUAAUUGUUACACUUAAGUAUGAUAACUUGUGAUGUGUGUAUUUGACAGAAGAGCAGAUAUUUUGGGCUGUGCCACCAUUCAGACAUUACUGAAGUAUUGACGGCUUUCGGUGAUAGCUGAAGUGAUUGAAAUGACGAAAAAGCGUACAAGUCAACCAGUCUUCAUUCAAAUCAGUCGAUGCAAGCCACUCAGAAGACGUUCCAAAUAAUCUUCAGUAUUGCUGGAAUACAAUUGCAGAUUUUUUCAGUUUGUCAUAAAUAUUAAGUGACGAACAGAUUAUCUGAUCCCCCGAGUACGUGACAGUCUUAUUUUAAAUGAAAAUAAACGCUCUUUCUAUACACGGAACAGCUGAUUAAUGCUUACAAUUAUGUUAUUUUCAAAUUGUGUUUCUCUCUCUUGGUGUAAGAUGUCAACACCACAAUUAACUUUCAAACUAAUUUAAUUUGAUUUACCUUCAUGUGUUUCCAUUAAUAAAACACAAAAGUCUUCCAGCUAAUGCUGCGCUGAAUACAUUUCUAGGACUAAAAUAUUGUGCCUACUUUUUAAAAUUCUAAAAUAAAAUUCCAUUUGGAAUGUAUAUGUAUAUCUUUUAAUUACCGCUUGAACGUCACUUUUCUUCACCAUGGAGUUUUAUGUCAAUGACAUUUUAUGAACAGUUUCCAAUUUGGCAUUUGCAGCAACAGUUUGUCUCAUUCCAUAAUGCUGAUUUUAUUAUGUCUGUUUUAUUUUAUUUCUUUGCAAAAUUAGAGUAAAAUAUAACUGAGCAUGCUACAGUAUUUGCUAUACCCUGAAAUAACGAUUGCUUACAUUCAUCAAUCAUUUAAAUUGAAAAGGGGCAAUAUAUCUUUAUUACGUAAUCAAUUUUAUGAGCACUAUGGACGGACUAAGAUUAAAUAACUAUUUUUUAAAAGCAGCAUAAAGCAUGGUAUUAGAAUAUUAAUGACUAUUUCCUGUACUUUAUAUUGUAACUUUUUAGAAUGGAAAAAAUAUUUUAGCAUUUAUAUUUUUGAAAUGAAAUGUAUCUUGAAAAUAAACCAACUUUAUUUA